AUGCUGAUCCUGUUUUAUAUACUGCUUGUGGACAAAAUUGGCAGAUGCACAGACGAUCACAUCUUUGAGGCAAAGACUGUUGGUGUUGGAGAAAAUGUGACUCUGACGUGUACCCGCCAGAGAACUUGGCAUUCAACUUACUUAUUUUGGAUCAGGCUUGUUUCUGGAACCUUUCCUGAAAUCUUAGGAGGAACAUUAAGCUAUGAUUUCGAGGGUGUUGAUGAGACUAAUCACAUAACAACAAAACAAGAGCCUGGAACAUUUGUUCUGCAUAUUACCAAAACACAGUUAAGUGAUACUGCGGUCUACUACUGUAUAAAAGUGAAAAAACGCAACAUGAUGUUUUCGAAAGGAAUAUUUCUGAGAAUCAAAGGACCAGAACCAGAUAUCACUGUUGUUACUCAAGACUUUCCAUCUGAUCCAGUUCAUCCAGGAGACUCAGUGACUCUGCAGUGUUCAGUCCUCUCUGACUCUGAGAACACAUCAUGUCUAGAAGGACACAAAGUGUCCUGGUUCAGAGCCGGAUCAGAUGAAUCUCAUCCCAGUUUAAUUUAUGCCCAAGGAAAAAAGAGUGAUGAAUGUGAGAAGAGUCUUGAGGAUCACUCUCCACAGAAAUGUGUCUACAGCUUCUCUAAGAAAGUCAGCUCCUCUGAUGCUGGGACUUAUUACUGUGCUGUGGCCACAUGUGGGGAGAUCUUAUUUGGAAAUGGAACAAAACUGGACAUUGAAGUUGUCAGCAAUUGGGAUUUGCAGAAGGCCAACACAAUUCUUUUUCUGUUAUGUGCUGCUCUGGCUAUAAGUCAGAUUGUUAUAGCCUUACUCAUUUAUACCAUCAAGAAAAAAUCUUGUGAUUGUUGUAACGCUGAUACUAUUCCGCAAACACAUGCUGAAACAGCUAAUGGAGAUCAGCAAAGUCAGCAGAGAGAUGAGGACUCACUGGUUUAUUCUGCAGCAACCUUCACUAAGAGGAAAGCUGGGAAAGCAGGGAGAAGGAAUGCAGACGCAGCAGAGGGAAAGAGCGUCUACUCUGAUGUCAGAGCUUUUGGCUUGGAUUAACAAUCCAAACACAGGAUUUGCUAAUUUUUCUCUGCCACACAGUGUGGGAAAAAUACUGCUUAAGCAACAGUGCAGUUUGCAUUUCAUCCCUUCACUUCACUUAUUACUGUAUGAACAAGUUAAUGUCAGUUUUUUUUUUAAAGCUAAAGGCUUUGUGUGUGGCUAUUAUGUCGUAUUGUACAGUGUAAUUCUUACCAAUUUACAGUGUUUCUUGUACCAGUGCAAUACAUACAGAUACAUACAUGCAGGUACUAGGGACCAAGAUGUGAACAAAAAGUUAGGGAAUAAGAGGGUAACAAUCUGGGAACUUAGGUUUUUUUUUAAUGAACAGGUACCUAUUCUAUUAUCACGGGGUACAGUAUGACCUACUUAGCAACAAUCUGCAGUUUGGGAGGAAUUUAAAGAGAAUUUUACUCUAGGUGUUUUUAACUACCUGGUACCUAUUC